UAUAUAUUUUAAUGCAUAAACAGCACAGCGUUUACAAAGAAAAAUGUUGGCAUUUGACCUUACACAAACUGAAAUCAGUUGUAGGUUAGUAGGUUAGAAGGCAAACAUAGUCGCACUUUGGAGUUCGGUACAUUUAUCUACAGCAAAAGCAUCGCUUAGAGCAAAUGACCUUGAAUUACGAAAUGCAGAACGAUGUAUGCAUGUAUGGAUGUACGAGUAUGCUUUCUCAACCAAUGUAUGCAGUUACCUACUAAUAAAUGACAUCGCGUUCUUCCGUAAUCUUUAUUUUCGGGGCUGAAAGGUGAAUGUAUUAAUUCAGAACCGAUGAGCACCGCGGUCGGAUCAAAAUACCCGCCGCACACCCAUAACUACAUAAAUAGGCAUUCCGUAAUUAGCAAUUAAUGAGACGCAAUGACCGCAUACGUCACCCACACCAGCUGACCAAGGGCACCGGUAAAACGCAGGACAGGCCAGGCUGUUACGGACGUUACAGAGCAGUUCUGGUGGCAUUGAACACAUAAUAGAGUCCUGCACUGCAGGCAGCGCGCCCCAUCAGAGCAGCUGCACUGUGCCAUGCCCGUCGGCGGGCGGUGUCAAUGUCAGCGGUAACGGUCCGCCGGCGUCACCCCGCCCGUGACCCUGUGCCAGCGCCGGCCGACGGCGCGCCUGUUCAACACGGCGGGGUCGGAGCCGCCAGUCGGUCGUCGGCAGCGGCGCCCGCUCCCCGCGCCGGUGAUGACGCGCCCAGCACGGGCCGUGCUCGCCGUGCUGCCGGCCGUGCUCGCCGUGCUGCCGGCUGCCAGCCUGCCCUCGCCGGCCCGUCUGGAGCAGCUGCAGCAGCAGCCCCAGGAGAGACUCGUCCAGGGGCAGGUGAGAGACUCGUCCAGGGACAGGUGAGAGACUCGUCCAGGUACAGGUGAGAGACUCGUUCAGGGACAGGUGAGAGACUCGUUCAGGGACAGGUGAGUGACUCGUCCAGGGACAGGUGAGACUACUUCAGGGACGGGUCAGUAACGGCAGCCGCCCGCAGGUAUAUUAAGCCAGUGGGUAGGUUGUUGUGUUGACCGGCGAAGCUGACCUUCCCUCGCCUCCUCCACCUAUUCCCGACAGGCGUACCUAGCCAAGUUUGGCUGGGUGAGCACGACAGAGAGCCGGUUCGGGUCGCUGCAGUCGCUCUCCUCCAAACUGGCCGAGUUUCAACAGUUCGCCGGUCUGCCCGUCACUGGUCAGUGAGAGUGAGAGUGAGUUACUGAGUGAGUUAUGUCAGUUGCUGGUUGUUUUGUCAUGUCGGGCAUUGUUCAGCUAUCUCGACGCUGUCAAAUCACGGAAAGCUUAUCAUUCAACAUAACGAGCGUGUAGCUCCGUUCUAUUUAUAAAGGUUGCAUGCUGGACACUUUGCGAAUCCAGGAUGCAUGUGGGCUAAAAUAUAUAGACUCUCAUUUGACACACGUUGUGACAUACCACCCUCUGGAGUAACGGCGGACAUGAUGCCCUUGAGAGUACCGACUUCCUCCAGCCGACAGUGGCAUGGUCUGACCCCUGUUCCACACCGUACAGGGUGGUCUGACCCCUGUUCCACUCCGUACAGGGUGGUCUGACCCCUGUUCCACUCCGUACAGGGCUAAUGGACGACACCACGGUGGCCAAGAUGCGCCAGCCGCGCUGUGGGACACCCGACCACCCCGUCUCGAGGCGACGACACCGACGCAGGAAACGACACAACCUGCAGGGCUCCCGGUGGAGGAAGAGGGAGAUCAAGUACAAGAUCGUCAGCUGGCCCAGCGAGCGGGACCACCAGCGCACCCGGCAGGAGCUGCGGCAGGCCUUCCGCGCCUGGCGCGACGUCUCGGCCAUGACCUUCACCGAGGUGGACGCCAGCUCCGACGUCAAGGCCGACAUCACCAUCGGGUUCGAAUACAGCGACCACGGUGACGGCGAACCGUUCGACGGCCCCGGCGGCACGCUGGCGCACGCCUUCUUCCCGAUCUACGGCGGCGACGCGCACUUUGACAAGAGCGAGCCGUGGGUGAUCGGUCCGACCACCGGCGAGGGGUUCGACCUGUUCACCGUGGCCACUCACGAGUUCGGUCACAGUCUGGGGCUGGCUCACAGUAACGAGACCACGGCACUGAUGGCGCCCUUCUACCAGCCGCCCAGCCUCGACCGGGACAUCGUCACACAGGACGACAUAGAGGCCAUCCAGGAGCUGUACGGAAAGAACCCGGACAGGCUCGGUGACGACAGAGACAGAGCGGCUGACGACCAUCAGGGGGGAGAGGCGGACCCGGCGCUCUGCCGGGAGGGCUCCUUGGACGCGCUGUUCACGGUGACGGUCCGAGGCCGGUCGCGGACCUACCUGUUCAGAGGAGCGUCCUACUGGCGGCUGGCGGACGACGGCGUCAUGGCCGGCUACCCGCGGGACAUCGCCGAUAGGUGGGGAGGCGUGCCCGCCUAUCUGGACGCCGUUCUGGUGUACAGCCCUCGGCCGGCUGCUGCGGACACCCUGUUCUUCUUCAAGGGUAGCCAAGUGUGGCGAAUGACCGAAAUGCCAAUCGUCGACACGGGCUAUCCAAAACGCAUCUCGGAAGAGUUCAACGGCAUCCCGAACAAAAUCGACGCCGCCUUCACCUGGCGAAAGAACCACAAAAUCUACUUCUUCAAGGGGUCCCAGUACUGGAUGUUCGACUACGAACUGGCAAAGGCCGGCAUUCGAGGUGUGAGAGACGUGUACCCAAAGAGCAUUGACACUUGGGGUGGAAUGCCAGACGAUAUCGACGCCGUCAACACGUGGAAGGACGGACGAACGUACUUUUUCAAAGGAGACGACUACUACAAAAUCAGUGAUGCCAACAUUCAGGUGUACCCGGACUACCCCCGCCGGACCGGGCCCGACUGGUUCGGAUGUCCAGGCACCGAGGACUCGACAGAAGAGACGACCACCUCAGGGGUACGCUACUGACCAUUGGCCCACCAGCCAGAGCCGUGGACGGCAUUGCGUCGUCUAGCGCUUAGGAAAGGGAAACCAUGAAACGUACUCACAUACCUCAUUGAUCAUUGUAGUGAUGCAGGCCAGUCAUAGUGACGCAACAGGGUUGUGGUUGGAAAUGAGUGAAAUGACUGCUGCUCAGAUGUGCAAAUAUAAAAAGCUGAUGUGU